AUGCCGCCGCCGACUCCACUACCACAACAAUUUCCACAGCUUGCGGGGCGACAAGCUCUUUCAUCUGCGCCGGUUCUACAACAACCAACACGGUCCCAUGAGAACGACAAUCUAGCGGUGGGCGACAGGGAGGUAGAAUGUCGACUCGCAGAAGACAUCGAGGCCCACGCCGGUAAAUGCGGCCUCGAGCAAACAAUGAUCAAGAAGUGGCUGGACGGAGAUCGGAAGGCGAACGAAGUAUGUCGUAGCCAGGACGAGAUUAUGCAGGCUACGAAGCGCAAGAUCAAGCGUGGGCAACCACAAGUCGUCUAA